CUGGAAUUCUAAAUUUUAAAUGAAGAGCUCCGUGUCUUUCUUUUACUUUUCCUCCUCUUUCUUUAUAUGAACAGCAGUAUGUAUGUGUGUUUGCGUGUGUGUAAUAUUCAUGUCACUUCCGGUUUCCACCCCCACCCCCACUCCCUGAGUGAACUGGAGGGUCAGCCCUCGCUGUGCAUCUUUUGUGGUCAAAUUGACUGUCAGCUUCAGAAAUAGUUAGAAAAAAAAACUUAGAACCUUCCACAAUAAGUACCUAAAGAAGCAACAUUCAGGAAGACAUAAAGGACAGAUGCACCUUCUUUCACAUUAUUGGUGGAUGGAUCAGUGAUGACUAAGGAAGAACUACCACAUUUUCAGGCUGUGUGUGCAGGGACUGGAUCACAAGGAAUAGGAGGAAAUCUGCCAAAGAGGGUGCAGCUAGCCCUUAGAAAUCCUGGUAAUCUAGAGGUAGAGGCCAUUUCACCCCUUGCUUGAAGGGGUGAUGGCUAGUGAGAAGCUUGCUUACUUCCUCAUACUUAGACCAGCACUAAACCCUAACCAAACAGACAUUUGAAAGAGAAGAAGGCUUCCUCUUGUACAAAUUGGAUUUGUUCUAAAAAGAAAGAGCAGAGGCAGCUUCCAGAAGGACCUAUCUUAUAGGAAGUAAGAGCAGACGCCAAGACUGAAGUGGAUGGAUGCCAGGUCAGAGCAGGGAAUGUGUCCAAGAGCCUGCAACAAAGCUAAAGCACACAAGUGAGUUUCAGAAAGAAGAAGCGAUGGCUACAGUGAUACUGGAGAGCAUCUUUCUCAAGCGAUCCCAACAGAAAAAGAAAACAUCACCUUUAAACUUCAAGAAGCGCCUCUUUCUCUUGACUGUGAAUAAACUUUCCUAUUAUGAGUAUGACUUUGAACGUGGGAGAAGAGGCAGUAAGAAGGGUUCAAUAGAUGUUGAGAAGAUCACCUGCGUUGAAACAGUGGUUCCUGAAAAAAAUCCUCCCCCUGAAAGACAGAUUCCGAGAAGGGGUGAAGAAUCCAGUGAAAUGGAGCAGAUUUCAAUCAUUGAAAGAUUCCCUUAUCCCUUCCAGGUUGUAUAUGAUGAAGGGCCUCUUUAUGUCUUCUCCCCAACUGAAGAACUGAGGAAGCGUUGGAUUCAUCAGCUCAAAAAUGUAAUCCGGUACAACAGUGAUCUGGCACAGAAAUACCAUCCUUGCUUCUGGAUCGAUGGGCAGUAUCUCUGCUGCUCUCAGACAGCCAAAAAUGCUAUGGGCUGCCAAAUUUUGGAGAAUAGGAAUGGAAGUUUAAAACCUGGGAGUUCUCACCGAAAGACGAAAAAGCCCCUUCCUCCCACACCUGAGGAGGACCAGAUCUUGAAAAAGCCUCUGCCCCCUGAGCCAACAGCAGCACCUGCCUCUACAAGUGAGCUGAAAAAGGUUGUAGCCCUUUAUGAUUAUAUGCCAAUGAAUGCAAAUGAUCUACAGCUACGAAAGGGUGAUGAGUAUUUUAUCCUGGAGGAGAGCAACUUACCCUGGUGGAGAGCACGGGAUAAAAAUGGGCAGGAAGGCUACAUCCCUAGUAACUAUGUCACCGAAGCAGAAGACUCCAUAGAAAUGUAUGAGUGGUAUUCUAAACACAUGACUCGGAGUCAAGCUGAGCAACUGCUAAAGCAAGAGGGGAAAGAAGGAGGUUUCAUUGUCAGAGACUCCAGCAAAGCAGGAAAAUAUACUGUGUCUGUGUUUGCUAAAUCUACAGGGGACUCUCAAGGGGUGAUACGCCAUUAUGUUGUGUGUUCCACACCUCAGAGCCAGUAUUACCUGGCUGAGAAGCACCUUUUCAGCACCAUCCCUGAACUCAUUAACUACCAUCAGCAUAACUCUGCAGGACUCAUAUCUAGGCUCAAAUAUCCAGUGUCUCAACAAAACAAGAAUGCACCUUCCACUGCAGGCCUGGGCUAUGGAUCAUGGGAAAUCGAUCCAAAGGACCUGACCUUCUUAAAGGAGCUGGGGACUGGACAAUUUGGGGUAGUGAAAUAUGGGAAAUGGAGAGGCCAGUAUGAUGUGGCCAUCAAGAUGAUCAAAGAAGGCUCCAUGUCCGAGGAUGAGUUCAUUGAAGAAGCCAAAGUCAUGAUGAAUCUUUCCCAUGAGAAGCUGGUACAGUUGUACGGCGUCUGUACCAAGCAGCGCCCCAUCUUCAUCAUCACUGAGUACAUGGCCAAUGGCUGCCUCCUGAACUACCUGAGGGAAAUGCGCCACCGCCUCCAGACUCAGCAGCUGCUGGAGAUGUGCAAGGAUGUCUGUGAAGCCAUGGAAUACCUGGAGUCAAAGCAAUUUCUUCACCGAGACCUGGCAGCCCGAAACUGUUUGGUAAAUGAUCAAGGAGUUGUUAAAGUAUCUGACUUCGGCCUGUCCAGGUAUGUCCUGGAUGAUGAAUACACAAGCUCAGUAGGCUCCAAAUUUCCAGUCCGGUGGUCUCCACCAGAAGUCCUUAUGUAUAGCAAGUUCAGCAGCAAAUCUGACAUUUGGGCUUUUGGGGUUUUGAUGUGGGAAAUUUACUCUCUGGGGAAGAUGCCAUAUGAAAGAUUUACUAACAGUGAAACAGCUGAACACAUUGCCCAAGGUCUACGUCUCUAUAGGCCUCAUCUAGCUUCAGAGAGGGUAUAUAGCAUCAUGUACAGCUGCUGGCAUGAGAAAGCAGAGGAACGUCCUACUUUCAAAAUUCUUCUGAGCAACAUCCUAGAUGUCAUGGAUGAAGAAUCCUGAGCUCACCAAUAAGCUUCUUGGUUCUACCCCUCUCCUCCACAAGCCCCAAUUUCAUUUCUGAGGAAAUCCCAGGUUUACAGGCACUGGGUCCUUUGUGCUCUUGCUGAAUACACAAAGGCCCCUCUCUACAUCUAGGAAUGACUCUUUUCUAUGAUUCUCUGGGAUAGUACCUUCUGAGCAAAAGCCAAGGAAUUCUUGUGCCUGGUAUUGUUCUCAGAGAAAAUAAUUUCCAGGAGUAUUAAGACAGGACUGAAUUUGGGAUGGAAAGUUUGGAGGAGGGAGGGAUGUAAAUAGCCUGACAAGGGAUCCAACAGCUCUUUGGGUAGGCAUUAGAGCUUGGGGGGCGGGAGGCAGAAUUUGGCAAGAAUAAAAUGGUGUCAUAAAAAUGGGAGGGCAGGGUGUUUUGAUAAAAUAAAAUUACUGGAAAGCA